AUGACCACCAAACCCGGAGGAAUUACUACAGUCCUAUACCGGCGCUUCCCCGACCACAUCUCCAACAUGGACUACUACUUUCCCUUCACAACCAGUAUCUGGGCUCCACAUGGCAUGACCAACAGCUAUGUUUGCGAAGGGGCAGCCGAAUCCGAUUUCGCUUAUUACACAGUCGUUGAGUGGAAGGGUGUAGAAGGGUGGGAAGCUGCGAUGAAAGACGAGAAGGCGAAGGAGAUUAUGGAAGAUGUGAAGAAUUUUACCAAUGAGGAGCCGAUUUUCGUAGUGGAUAAGGCUGUCAGUUAG